AUGCAACGCAACGACAGAUGGCCGGACGAAUACGAACCGGACACGGCUAAAAGUCGGCCGACGUCCAGGAGGAACUCCGCGUCCCUCUCCAGAAGGAACAGCGUCACAAAGAAAGAGAAAGACUCGAAGAAGAAGUCGUCGCUAAACACCAGCUCGAAUUCCGCCAACUCCACGCCGAAGAAGGUGUCAGAUUUCGAGGACAACUACUCGAAAUAUGGACUGAAUCAGAAGUUUAAUGCAUUAGCUACGUCCACUCCUAAACUCGGGGUGAAAGGCAAACCUCGGAGUGGUUCACUGCAGAAUCAAUUACAAACUGCCAGUUGCUGCAGUUGGCAGGACUGCAGCGAGAUGGAGAAGACAGCGAUGUGCGAGAGAGACGGAGAAUGGUCCAGCUUCUGGGCUAAUUACAAUAACUCCCUGUCCAAGGUACCUGUGAAGAACUACUACGACCAGUGUCCGACGCCAUACAGGACGGAGAACAUCGACCUGGCAGACCUCGAAUUAUCGACUGAUGGUUCAAGGAAGCGAUCGCCCGAUAACAUGCAGAAUAUAAAUUACAUAAUUCGCAAUGAGGGGUUACAUUUGACACCGAGAGAGACUCAGAAUAUGAUAAAAUGCGCGCACAUUCUUGGCAACGUACUCAGCAAAGCUAUCGAAAGAAGAUCCCGCGAAAAAGGCAAGACGACAGACGAGAAAAUACAAGAGGUACAAAUGGAUAAAGACGAUCCGGAAAUCGAAAUUAAAAAGAAAACUCUGACACUAGAACUGAAAGAGACGAACAUACCUGCCGAUGUACAAGAAGAAAAGAGAAGCGAGACAGUCACGACGCAGACCGACAUUUCUUUGCCGAACACGAAGAGCGCGCCGAAGAUAUUUGAAAAAAUUCUGCGGCAACUCUCGAAGACUUCACUCGAUGAGAGUCUGAAUAAGAUUAUUGAUAACAAGGCAUUGGAUCAUAAAGAUGAGAGUACAGAGAAUAAUGAAGGCAAUUAAUCGGGCCAAGUGGAGUCGACGGGUUCCGUACUUUUUAUCACUAAAUAGUAUAAAACAAAGUCGCUUCCUCUGUCCCUAUAUCCGUAUGUACGCUUAAGUCUUUAAAACUACGCAACGGAUUUUGAUGCGGCUUUUUUUCAUAUAUAGGGUGAUUCAAAAGGAAGGUUUUUAUGUAUAAUACAAGAGCGCGCCGGCGAAGCCGCUGGUUAGCUAGUUAUCUAUAAACCGCGUUUGUUGGUUGAUUUCAUUUUUAGUAUUUGUCUUUGUAGUAGUAACAAACUUACAUUUGUAAAUAUUUCAACUGUCUAACUUCAUGAGAUUUACUUGUCUGGUGACAAACGGACGGACAGCGGAGUCUAGGGUCCCGUUUUUGCUCUUUGAGUACGAAAUCCUACGAGAGUUUGCUGUUGGAGUAAAUUAACCUUGAGACUGCACUUAGUAUUAGUCAAAAUUCAUAUUAUUAAACAGAGACUUGGCAAAGGUUUACCUAGUGCGAGGUUCUACGGGAGUAAUAUUUACUCCUAGAAGGCAGCAGGUUUGCUUAUUGUCUGUAUAAUAUGAAUUUGGAUUAAUAAGAAAAUUGCAAUUUACCGUUAAUUUACUUUUACGCUAAAGUUUGUUUAAUAAUAACACUUAAAUUUAUGCUGCAUGUAAGUCAACAAGAAAAUACAGACAGCGGAGUCGUAUUUUACCGAUUAUUGUAUGGGGUCACUACUUUACCGAAAUGUUAUGUGGUUUAUUUAUUAGUAUAUAGGUUGAUAUUUAACUUAUUGAUGAGUUUACUAUCUGACUCUAUUUAUACGAAGGAUCGGUAAAAUAAAUAAACGUGUUCACAGUUAUGAGUUUACUUUCAGACUAUUUGAUGUUGAAGUGCCACUUACAAAAUACAAAAUAUCAUAGAUUACGUUGCCACAGAGUGGUCGACAAAGAUUAUAAAACAGAUGUGCCACAGUAUUUAAUACGGGAUAUAUUUUGUAAUAAACGAUAUGAUAGUGAGAAAGAGAUGGAAUGAUAACAAAGAUUAUAUUAAAUUAA